CGCCCCAUCUAGGCCAACGCUGACCACGCCCAUUUAUAUAUAAAGAGUUGUUCAUCUUCGUUUCUCUACAGUCUUUACAGAGCUCAGUCAUCAUGAAUGCCCUGCUGGUAUUGACCGUAGUAGCAACAGCAUCAGCUGGUCCCCAAGUCCUGCUGGGUGGAUAUACUGGAUAUGCUGGGUAUCCCUUAUCAUAUGGAUCCCCUCUAGCCUAUUCAUACACACCACAGGUGACCAAGCUUGUAGCCAAGGAAGUUGAGAUCCCCGUCAACUCUAUUGAGUACGCUGUCAAGGACACCGGUUGCAUAAACGUAUUUGGAUUCAAUGUUCCCUGUUUGGCUGAAGGAGAGGCAAGAAGGAAAAGACAAGCUGAGGAAGAUACUGUUGAGGUUGUAGCUGAGGCUGUCGAAGAGGCUGCUCCUGAGGCUGUUGAAGAGGCUGAGGCCACUCCAGCUGCACCUGCACUUACUUAUGCUGCUGGACUUCCUUUCUCCUACGGAUAUGGACUUCCCUAUGCUGGACUUCCUUAUGCUGGACUCGGAUAUGCUGGACUUCCCUAUGCUAGUGUGCUACCCUCAGUUAAGGUGAAUGAGCCUGUUGUAACAGAGGUUGAGGUUCCCCAGUAUGUUUACAAGCAAGUAGUUCACAAGGUUGAUCUCCAACCACUUUGCCACAAUGGACUGGGAUUUGCUGUUCCCUGUGCCUAAACCAAAUUUUGCCACUGCAUUUAGAUCCAAAUUCUGCCGCCAGAGCUCCUUGUGCCUAGUUGCAAAUUCUGCCACCAGAGCUUGCUUCCAAGUUUCGACCAAAAAGCUGCUGUUGCCAUUAAGUUCAAAUUAAUAAAGACAAUCUGAGUUUAAA